GCUUGUUGUUCAAUUGUCCAAUUUAGUGACCCACAUGACGGUCAGAGGUUGGCUUGACGCAACCAGGGCCACCAUAGGAGACCGCAUCGCAGUCAGAAGUCGCGAAUAACAACCGAAUGGUGCGUGGUGAGCCGUUUCUGGCGCGGAUGGCGCCGUCCAGGAACAAGCGGUUCCUGCUAUUCCUCAUCAUCUCUUUCGCCUGGACCACGUGGAAUACAGAUAAAUUUGCCGCCGAAGGUAGGAAAGGCGUAGGUCCAGGUAAUCAGGAUUGGGGCUACGUAACAGUUAGACCUAAUGCCCACAUGUUCUGGUGGCUUCAUUACACCACAGCCGAUGUGUCGCAUUUCACGGAUCGCCCAUUGAUCCUUUGGCUUCAAGGUGGACCGGGAAUGCCUUCGAGUGGGUACGGAAAUUUCUUGGAGAUUGGUCCUGUAGAUUUAGAGUUGAACGAACGAGAGCACAGCUGGGUGAAAGACUUCAACAUACUGUUCAUUGAUAAUCCGGUAGGAGUCGGGUUCAGCUACAUCUCUAACAACGCCACUCCGAUGGUCACGAACAACGUGGAGAUCGGCAAGGAUCUGGUGGAACUGCUUCGCGUCCUCUUGGACCGAUUCGACGACUUCAAAACAAUUCCCAUGUACAUCUUCGGAGAGUCGUAUGGUGGCAAGAUGACCGUCGAGUUCGCGCUGCAGAUACACAAAGAGAUAGGGCAGGGCAAGCUAAGAGCGAAUUUGCAGGGCAUCGGUCUCGGAGACUCCUAUAUAUCACCGAUCGAUUACAUCAUGAACUACGCGCCUUACGCUUUAAACCUAGGUAUGGUCGAUCGGCACGGAUUCAAGGUUAUAGAUGACCUGGCCAAGCAGAUCAGGGUGCUGAUAAGUCGAGGCGAUUACGUGGAGGCUUCCAAGGUGGAAUCAAAAAUUACGGAUGCCGUCAUCGAGUACACCGAAGGCAUAGACAUCUACAAUAUCCUGUUCCAUUCCAAUCGCACCUCUCUACCCAGAUUCCUCAGCUACCAGGACAACUGCAACGAGUUCAUGAACGGACACAUCAGGGAAGCGCUGAACAUUUCCAAGGAAGUCGAGUGGUCCUUCAUCAAUGACGACAUCUACAGCUCACUCUACGGAGACCUUAUUAAGCCAGUCACGAAAACCGUCGAAGAGAUACUCAACAACACCGACAUUAAAGUGAUCGUCUACAAUGGAAUGUUCGAUUUCAUCGUCAACACUCCCGGGACGGCGAAUUGGUUGGAUAAUUUGAAUUGGGAGGGUAAGGAGCGUUGGAGGAAAACGCUGCAGGAGUCAUUCGAGAUUGGGACGGUCCACGAAGGAUACAUGAAGCGGGUGGACAAUUUGGUAUUCUACACGGUUCUCAGGGCAGGACACAGUGUCCCCAUCGACAACGUGGUUGCAAUGGAGGAGAUCCUGAGCAGGGAAUUAUUAACAUCCUCGCCCGCUUUCGAGUCCAAACUAUCAAGGAUACACUUCGCAGAUCCUUGGCGAAUCUAAAUUAAUUUUCUAUUAUUUAAUUUUAUCGUCUUGUUGCGCUCUCUUAUUUCUGUCGGCUCCUCGCAUUCCCUUAGCAAUUUGCAAUAAUUACAUCCACCAAAUGCGAGAAGAUCACGAGCCAAGAAUGAACUAUACGUGGAACUAAAUUAUAUGAUCAAGGGUGUGCAACACGUUUCCAUCCUUUAACGUUAUUUCAAAUAUAUAGAUCGAAUAUAGUUUAACCUUUCUUUGUAAAUAGUAUAUAUAUAUAUAUAAAAAAGGAUGGAAAUUAGAUGGACACUAGUAAUAUUAGGUAAAAACGGGCACAUAAGAUAUUUUUAUAUAUAGU